AAAGGCGGCGGAGGGUAUCCGACACUAAUCAAGACGAACGGCAAGAACCGGAAGGGCGGAGACAUCAUAAUCCUGGGCGGAGGCGGCGGAGGGUAUGGCAAGAAAAAAAUUAUCAAGAAGAUAAUAGUGCCCAAGUUCAUUCCCGUUCCCAUUAAACAUGAUGAACACGGGGAGAGACAGAUCAUGUCGUCGACACACUCGUCAUCGGCGGACCACUCGAUGGAAACUCCGUUAACGUUAAACUCGUGGCUCAAACACAAGAAGAAUGACUUGAGGCCAGAGGAUCACUGGCUUCACAAUACAAGCGGAACAGUAACACACUCUUCAUCGGCGGACCACUCGAUGGAAACUCCGUUAACGUUAAACUCGUGGCUCAAACACAAGAAGAAUGACUUGAGGCCAGAGGUGAGGAUCACUGGCUUCACAAUACAAGCGGAACAGUUGAUAGACAACGACAACUUCGAGGACGCCAUCCAUUACUACUCGAAGGCCAUCGAGUUGUCGCCCGAGAGCUGUCAUCUCUUCGCCGACCGAUCCUAUGCUCACGAAAUGUGCGGUCAGUUUGCGGCCGCUUUGGCCGACGCCCAGAAGGCCAUCGAUUUGAGCGACGAGUUUGUGGCUAAACAAGAGAAGAAGCGCAAGAAAGAGGCGAAAGACACGACUGAUGGCAAAGAGUACUCGAAAUACAGGAAUAAAAUGAUGUUUUGGAGGAAAGGACGCGCUUUACGGGCGUUGAAUCGGUUCCAGGAGGCCAUCGAUGCGCUCGUUUUGUCCAAAUCGUUGGCCAUUAAGUGUCAGUUCGUCGACAACGAGAUCCGCGACAUUAAACUCCACGUGAUCUGCGCUCUCGGAUACGAUCGGCCGGACGUCGAGGCCAUUGCCGACUCGUUGGACACAAUUGACGCUCUCGUCGACCAAUUGAAGCAAAACAAGCGCUUAAUGAUAACUAACGGCGACGACCCGACUGUGGAUCAGUUGCCGUCCAAUCCAUUCAAAUAUCGAGGACUUUAUGUGAACGGAUUGGCGUCGGUUCUCAAGGAGGAAGAGUUGCAUCAGUUGUUGGAAAGUUGUGGUGAAAUAUUGAGGUGUAAAGUGUACUCCAAUUCACAACAAAGUCGAGCGAUUAUUACCUUUUCGGCGGAACAGUCGGCCCGCGAAGCCAUUCGUAUCAUUUGCUCCAAUAAACACCUGAUUCGCGACGAAUUGCCCGAAAAUCUGGUCAUUCGGUACCGAAAAGGUAUGAUUGAGGGUAUCAUUGAAUCCACAGAAGACCCGCAGAUCGGCUUUAAAAGCGCCCAAAUCGGUGGCGAAUGUUAUAAAUGGCGGACCACUGGAUGCGAUGACGAGGCCUGCGAUGGCUUACAUAUUCCUCUUUGCCAUCAUUUGGAUCAACAAAGCGUUGAGACGGAAGCCGUGAAACGGAAACGAGAACCCAUUGUCUUUGACACUAACUCUUCUGUUAAUUGUGGCAAAAAAGUCAAUUUUAGUGAACGACAAGUGAUUACAUUUGAUCUGAAAGACGAUACAAACGUCACGGAGACUAACGGCUUAACCGUCGCCUCCACUCCAGCGUCCGAUCGAAGCGAUAGAUUGUAUUCUUCCCGAAGAAGUCACAGAAAAUCAAUUCAUUUCGAUAUCGACGCCCCCAAAGAGGAAGACAUGACAUUACCGUUCAGUCCAAUCAGAAUCGACGGUUGCAGUGAUCGUAAGUUCGUUCGUUUGAGUACAUCUAAGUCGGGAACCGUUGACAAUGACUUGACUUCAACGCCAAAAGUGAUGUCAAGCGAAAGGAAACGUAUUGUCUUCGACAUAAAAGACGAUGAGAUGACUACUGAUAGCGUUAACGACACUACGUUUACAUCGAUAAAACCCCGUCACAAAUGCUCGCCUCCCAUAACACCCACCGCUCCUAAUGAUAGG